GCUAAACAAAGUGUCUUCAAGCCUUAAGACCACCGCGAUCUGCACUUUCUGCCUUGCUUAUUUGCUCAGUCUCUCUCUCUUUCUCUUACCCUGAAACAGAGGAAUCAGAGUAACCCAGAGAUGAUUUUAAUGUCCAUCCACCGGCUCUGAAACCCCCCCCCCCCCCUCCUCUCUCUCUCUCUUCUCAAGACUGAGCCUUUAGUGUAGGGUCGUCGACUGUCUCUGCCCAGAGCCAUUUGUUUCCUCUGUUUGCUGGGAACAAACUCCCAAAAGAUAGAGCAGAGGGAAACCGUCUCUGGUGAUGCCCUUGUAAUUCACUCACCACAUUUUAGCUGCCUCUGUUUCCCAGAUCUGCUCGCAAACCGUUUUUAUUUAUUUAUUUCCAUUCUUGUGUUCUUCUGCGUGUUCCAUUUGAGUUGAAACUAUGAGUAAAGAAGAUUUUGUGAAGAUCCAGAAAUCUGUUCUCAAAGUGAACAUCCAUUGUGAUGGAUGUAAGCAGAAAGUGAAGAAAAUCUUGAAAAAAAUUGAUGGCGUUUACACCACCGCCAUAGAUUCAGAGCAGGGGAAGGUGACAGUCACCGGAAAUGUAGACCCAGCAAUUCUCAUCAGGAAGCUUGCAAAGUCAGGAAAACAUGCAGAGCUCUGGGGCAAUCCAAGGGCCAACAGCAACAAUAACCAAAACCUUCCGACGAAUCAACUCAAGAGCUUGCAAUUUGAGAAUGGCAAAGGUGGGAAGAACAAAGGUCGGAAGGGUGCUAACAACCAGCCCAAAGGAGGACAACAGAACCAGCAACAGCAACAUCUUCAGCAACUUCAGAAAGAUUUGCAAGCCCUUUAUAAGCUGCCCCAAUUCAAGGACAUGAAAAUGCCCACCAAGGACCAGAACACAAACCAAAAGGCGGUGAGGUUCGACUUGCCGGAGGAUGAUGAUGAGUUUGAUGAUGAGCUUGACGAUCUCGAUGAUGAGUAUUAUGAUGAUGAAGACUUUGAGGAUGACAUGGAUGAUCUGCAGCAUCCCCUCAAUAAGAUGAAACCUAUGACGGGUAAUGGUCAGGUGCCUAACAUGAUGAUGUUGAAUGAUAUGAUGAAUAGAAGUAACCCACAGCUCAUGAAUGCCCAGAAGGGUGGAAAUGGUGGGGGUAAUGUGAAAAAAGGUGGCGGUGGCGGUGGAGCUGUGCCUAUUCAGGUGAAUGGCAUGGGUGGAGGAAACACUGAUGGAAAAAAUGGUAACGGAGGAAAGAAAGGCGGCGGAGGUGGAGCCGUAGGUAACAAUCAGAGUCAAGGUGGCGGUGGGGGUGGCAAAAAUGGUGGUAAGAAUGGCGGUGGAGCAAACAACAAGAAUGGUCACAAUGCUGCUAAUGGAAACAACAAUAAUGUCAAUGGGGGUCAAAAGAACGUUGGGAUGAAUGUGAAUGAUGUGGUUCAUGCUAUGAACAAUCAUGGGAUGCAAAGCAUGGGUGGUCCUCCUGGUUCGGCCGGAGGGAACGCGGGUCAAAUGCGCAACAUGAAUAUGCCCAUGGGCCAAAUGGUCAACAGGCCAAUGGGCCAAAUGGGAAACAUACCCAUGGGCCAAAUGGCCGGCAACAUGCCACCUAUGGGCCAGAUGGGUAACAUCCCAGCCGUCCAGGGCCUUCCGGCGACUUCCAUGAACGGCGGCGGCGGAUAUUUCCAGGGUGCAGGGCCAGAGACGCUGCCUGGCAACCCAUAUAAUAACCAGCAGCAGCAGUACUUGGCAGCAGUGAUGAACCAGCAGCGGGCAAUGGGGAACGAAAGGUUCCAUCCCAUGAUGUAUGCGAGGCCGCCUCCGGCGGUCAAUUACAUGCCACCACCGCCAUACCCUUACCCCUACCCACCUCAGCCUGAGCCCUACUCCGACUUCUUUAGCGACGAGAACACCUCAAGUUGUAAUGUGAUGUGAAAAAACUUUCCCUGCUGUGGGCUAACAUAUUCGCUAAAGUUACCGGUGGAGGGUGUGGUGAUCAUGGUGGUUCAGUUUAUAUAGUUACGAGGACAUCAAGUUCUUAUGCUUAUCUUAUACUUUUAAAUCGAUUUUUAGUUUAAUCUCUCCUUUUCUUCACCCCCCAAAACAUAAUUUUCUCCAAUCCCCGGAGUUGAAUUUGGUCAUGUUUCUAGUCAUUGCAAGGAGAGUUUAUAGGCGGUGUCAUAUAUUUCAUCAAAUGCUUUUAGGGGAGAAUGAAAUGUAAGUUAAGGGCGAUGGCGGGCUUUGCUUUA